UUCUCCACCUGUUGGAGGAUGGUCUGGGGCUGGUGUUGCUCCCCCACCCAUCUGACAAGAGCUCAGUUCCGGGUUCUUUCCAGCCCGAGAGCUACCGCCUCACCACCACCACCACCGCCGCCGCUGCUGCCGCUGCCUCGCACCCGGGAUCAUGUCGCUUUUACUGGACAACCAGUUCAAGGAGCUGCCCCCUGACAAGUCCGUGGACACCAAGUUGUUCCUGGAGGCCGUUUCCCACCUCCCGCAUUUCUUCGACUGUUUGGGAUCAACAGUGUUUUCAGUCAUCAAAUCUGACAUUAAUGGAAAUAUAACGAAAAUUCGAGCCGUCUACCUCAAGGAUCCUGCGAAGUACGUCACCCUGCAGGACAUCCUGGAGGUAGAGCGUGAAGCCCAUGGAGCAGAAUGGCCCAAAGUUGGAGCAACGUUAGCUCUGAUGUGGCUGAAAAGGGGUCUCCGUUUCAUUCAGAUCCUGCUGCAGAGUUUGGUGGACGGAGAGAGAGAUGAGAACAACCCCAACCUGAUACGGAUCAAUAUCACCAAAGCCUACGAGCAGGCACUGAAGAGAUACCACGGCUGGAUCGUGCAAAAGAUUUUCAGUACGGCGUUAUACGCAGCUCCCUACAAAUCCAACUUCCUCAAGGCGCUGUCAAAGGGAGAGGAAGUGAAAGAGGAGGACUGUCUGUCAAACGUGCAUCACUUCCUGGUUAAUUACACCGCCACUGUAGACGCCAUCUACGAGAUGUUCACAAAUCUAAACGCAGAGCUGGACUACACCGUUUGACGUGACUGGGACCUGGAGGAGCGUCCUGAAUCACCGUCUCGUCUGUCAGCCCUCUCCCAGCUGUCAGACGAGGUGACUUUAUUUGUGUUGUUGUAAUUUUUUUGUUCAGUUUGGUAUUUAUUACAUUAAUUAUAGCUUAAAACAUAUUAAUACUGCAAAAUCCUUGGAUUCAAGCUGAAGGUUAUGUAUUUUUGUGCUUGUAUAUGAUUUCAAGUAAUAGCAAGAUUGUUAUCGCAGCGGUGCAGCUCUCACACUUUAUGAAGGAUCGUGUUGUUGUGUGGGCGGUUGCUUUGUGUGUGUUGAGUGUUGGCCUUCACCUGUUCCAUUGAGAGAAGACUAUUUCACUGUAAACACUGUUAUCUCUGCAAAAACCUUUCUGUUGGUUUGUGGUGUUCACUGUGUCCUGAGCCCUGGGGGGGGGGAGUCACCUCCGCUAUUAACCUGGGAGCAGUUGUACAGUUUGUUCUCAGCGCUCUCAUGGUGUCACUGAACAAGUGUUUUCAGAAGAAGCCCCGAAUUAAUUAAUUAAUUUGCCAGUAAUUCAGUUUUAAAGAGGGAAUUAGUUUAUUCUUUUGAACUUUUGCUUCUUUCAAGUUUGUGUUGGUGUUCAUGCUGUGUGUUGUUUUGUUUCCUAUUUAUGUAUAAAUUAAACUUAAUUCUUUUUACGUCAA